CGCUUGGCACGAUCGCAGAUGUAAAUCCAUCGAUGGGCUUUCGAGACGAUUAAGAGGAGACGUUUCCUUAGGGUUAGCGGUGAUACCAGCGGGGGUCGGCUCACCGGAAGCUGUAAACUGAAGGCGUCUUUAAUAGACACAAGUAUAAUGCAAAUUCCCAAACGAUUUUUGGGGGGCAAAUGGCUUACAGGUUUAUUUUCCAAUCCGUUUCCCAGGUAUUUUCAGUAGGUGGCCUCGACACCAGUCCUACCCAGUAACUGUCAAAUGCAUACCAGAGACCGACUUUUUCCGCUCUGGAACGCGGAGUAUAAUAUAUAAUAUCUGUGUAACUAAUGAAUCACAUAGUGGUAGAGUUUGGAAAUCCUGGAACUUUGACCAUAUACCGUGUCACCAGACCUAUUUUCAUCUGUGGACAAAUGAAUAACCAGAGGAUCGCUUGACCAAGCCGAGAUGCAGAGCACUUCUAAUCACCUGUGGCUUUUAUCUGAUAUUUUAGGCCAAGGAGCUACUGCAAAUGUCUUUCGAGGAAGACAUAAGAAAACUGGAGACUUGUUUGCUAUCAAAGUAUUUAAUAACAUAAGCUUCCUUCGUCCAGUGGAUGUUCAAAUGAGAGAAUUUGAAGUGUUAAAAAAACUCAAUCACAAAAAUAUUGUCAAAUUAUUUGCUAUUGAAGAGGAGUCAACAACAAGACAUAAAGUACUUAUUAUGGAAUUUUGUCCAUGUGGGAGUUUAUACACUGUUUUAGAAGAGCCAUCUAAUGCCUAUGGAUUACCAGAGUCUGAAUUUUUAAUUGUUUUGCGAGAUGUGGUGGGUGGAAUGAAUCAUCUCCGAGAGAACGGCAUAGUGCACCGUGAUAUCAAGCCAGGAAAUAUCAUGCGUGUUAUAGGGGAAGACGGACAGUCUGUGUACAAACUCACGGAUUUUGGUGCAGCUAGAGAAUUAGAAGACGAUGAGCAGUUUGUUUCUCUGUAUGGCACAGAAGAAUAUUUGCAUCCUGAUAUGUAUGAGAGAGCAGUGCUGAGAAAAGAUCAUCAGAAGAAAUAUGGAGCAACAGUUGAUCUUUGGAGCAUUGGGGUAACAUUUUACCAUGCAGCUACGGGAUCACUGCCGUUUAGACCAUUUGAAGGGCCACGUAGGAAUAAGGAAGUGAUGUAUAAAAUAAUUACUGGGAAGCCUUCUGGCGCGAUAUCUGGGGUGCAGAAAGCAGAAAAUGGACCGAUCGACUGGAGCGGAGACAUGCCCGUGUCUUGCAGUCUCUCUCGGGGUCUUCAGGUUCUCCUUACCCCUGUUCUUGCCAACAUCCUUGAGGCGGAUCAGGAAAAGUGUUGGGGUUUUGACCAGUUUUUUGCAGAAACUAGUGAUAUACUUCACCGAAUGAUAAUACAUGUUUUUUCACUACAACAAAUGACAGCUCAUAAGAUUUACAUUCAUAGCUAUAAUACUGCCACUGUAUUUCAUGAACUGGUGUAUAAACAAACCAAAAUUAUUUCUUCAAAUCAAGAACUUAUAUAUGAAGGACGACGCUUAGUUCUAGAACCUGGAAGACUGGCACAGCAUUUCCCCAGAACUGCUGAGGAAAACCCCAUCUUCGUAGUAAGCCGGGAACCUCUGAAUACCAUGGGAUUGGUGUAUGAAAAAAUUUCCCUCCCUAAAGUACAUCCACGUUAUGAUUUAGAUGGAGAUGCUAGCAUGGCUAAGGCAAUAACAGGAGUUGUGUGUUAUGCCUGUAGAAUUGCCAGUACCUUGCUGCUUUAUCAGGAAUUAAUGCGAAAGGGGGUACGAUGGUUGAUAGAAUUAAUUAAAGAUGAUUAUAAUGAAACUGUUCACAAAAAGACAGAAGUUGUGAUCACUUUGGAUUUCUGCCUCAGAAACAUUGAAAAGACUAUGAAAGUAUAUGAAAAGUUGAUGAAGAUCAACCUAGAAGCAGCAGAGUUAGGUGAAAUUUCAGACAUACACACCAAAUUGUUGAGACUCUCCAGUUCUCAGGGAACACUAGAAACCAGUCUGCAGGAUAUCGAAAACAAAUUAUCUCCGGAUGGAUUGCUGGCAGAUACCUGGGCGCAUCAAGAAGGCACGCAUCCAAAAGAUAGACAUGUAGAAAAGCUACAAGUCCUGUUAAGUUGCAUCACAGAGAUUUACUAUCAGUUCAAAAAAGACAAAGCAGAACGUAGACUAGCUUAUAAUGAAGAACAAAUCCACAAAUUUGAUAAACAAAAGCUGUAUUACCAUGCUACGAAAGCCAUGACCCACUUUACGGAAGAAUGUGUGAAAAAGUAUGAGGCAUUUUUGGAUAAGUCAGAAGAAUGGAUGAGAAAGAUGCUUAAUCUUAGGAAACAGUUACUAUCCCUGACUAAUCAGUGUUUUGAUAUCGAAGAGGAAGUCUCCAAGUAUCAGGACUAUACCAAUGAGUUACAAGAAACUUUGCCCCAGAAAAUGUUUGCAGCCUCCACUGGAAUCAAACAUACCAUGACCCCGAUUUAUCCAUGUUCUAACACGUUAGUGGAAAUGACUCUGGGUAUGAAGAAAUUAAAGGAAGAAAUGGAAGGAGUGGUUAAAGAACUUGCUGAAAAUAAUCAUAUUUUAGAAAGCAGCUGCCUGGUAUUCCAAUGUGUGGAUCUACCAUGUCUAUUAAUACAUCCUUAUUUGUUGGGCAUUUAAGUUGUUUCUGAUUUUUCACAAUUACAAUCCAUGCUGCAGUAAACAUACUUGUAUGUAUAUCUUCAUGUACUUGUGUAAGAAUUUUUGAGGGAUCAGUUUCUAGGUGUGGAAUUGUUGGAUCAAAGGUUAUGCACAUUUAAAUUUUGAUUUGUUCUUUAAAAGGCUUGUGUGUUUUAGUCCCAAACAGACAAAAGCUAUGCUUUUGUCAACACUGAAUGUUACUUUUUUAAAUGUUUGCUGAUUUAUUUAGUAAAAACUGAUAUCCUGUUUUAAUUUGCAUUUCUUUGGUUAAUAAUGAUGUCAUGUCUUUUUAUAUGUUUAUUCAAUUUUUAUUUUUUCUGUGAAUUGCCUAUUAAGUUUUAAAAUAUUUUUCUAUUGGUUUAUAGUAACCACAUAGUAAUUAUCUAACUUUUUAUAGUAUCCAGUUUAUAGUUUGCUCACAACUUGAGCUAAAUCCUAAAUUUAUCCUGUAAAGCUAAAGAUCAGCAAUAGGAGGAGGCUAUUAAACUAUGCUUUUAACAGACUUUUCAAUAGAAUCACUUUCCUGUUGAGUCACUUAUGCCUUAUGGAAUAAAAUCCUUGCUUCCCAAAGCAUGUCCAUUAAGUCAGUUCCCUCUAUGUUUUAUCUGCAGAUUAAUUUGACAACGUAUGGGCGAUAUAACAUGGCAUAAUCAUAACUUCAAUGUUAAGUGACUCCUUAAGGACUUGUGCCAGAGCUAGUGAUAGAAGUUGGGCCUUGUGCACUGUCUCCAUGUGGUUAUCUCACUGUCACCUCAGACUUUUUGUAUCUAAAAUCACUUAAUAUCAUCCUUCCCAACUCAGUUUUCCCUCUAAUUCCCUCCUCUUCAGUGAGACAACCUUUCCCCUACUUCCUUGAACAUAAAUCACUUUAGACUCGUACUCUUCUUUACUCGCUGUCAUCAGGUUUGGUAAUCUUCCUUCAAAUGGUUCCACGUUCCCCCUCAUUAGCCUCCUUCAUCUCUCCUUUCCUCUCACGUUCGAGCUAUGAUGAUAAACUACCGCCUGUUUCCUGAUCUCUGCCUCUUCCAUCUGUCAUGGGUAUUACAGCCAAAAUAAUCUUCCCAAAUACUGGUCUAAUCAUGCCGCUCCCUUGGCUCAAAAAUUUCUAAACUCCUGUUACCUAAAAGAUCAAGUCUAAAUUCAUACUUGAAUUAAAAACUUAUAAUAUCUGACCCCAGCUGAUUCACCCAACUUUAUUUCCCUCCACUCCCCAAAAUAAGUUUCUGUUCUAGCAAGGUUCCAUUCCUUGCUGUCCCUUGAGUAUGUCACACUUACUCCCAACUCCACAUCUUUGCUUUUAAGUCCCACCCCACCAAAAAAGAAUUAUACAGUUCUUGCUAACACUUUCUAGAUUACAUCACUUCACAUUUUCUCUUAAGAAGUCUUCCCAAGCCACUGAAUUGUAUUUUUUCACAUAUUUAUAAUAAUACUACCGUGUUUCAAUAAGAAAUAGAGCAAAUCAUAGUUGCUUAAACUCUUUAAAAAUAACAGUUGAUUCUUCUGGAAAGUAUUCUAUAGUCUUCUUUAAAAUGUCAAGGGCCAAAUAA